AUAUGGCUGGUGGAAGCCGUAUUUACACGACAACAAUAUAAACAAACCAAAAAUAAAUAAAACGCAAAUUUAGUUUCUAAAUUUUAAUAAAUAAAACAUACAAAAUGGAAGAGGGAGCCGAUGAUUUAUUUAUUUUACUUAGUUUUAUGAAACUCUAUAAAAUGUACAAAAGACUCAAAGCAAAAAAGAUCAAAUCAAUAUAUCUCAAACAGUGCGCUGAGAAGAAAGAUCAAAACAUCAAAAUUUCCCGGCAAGAAAAUUCCAACAAGGUUCCAUCACCGGUACUACCAACAACCCAGGAAUCACGAACGUACAAUAAAGAUAUAACAAAAGCUGGACAAGAUUUAAAGGCAAUUCCCAGUACUCCCCAAAAAGAUGAUGAGGAAUUUUAUGAGUCAAUUAUACAACUAGUCGAUGAUAAGCACAGUGAUGCAGAGGAAGUCGCUCAAUACAAUGAAACUGAAUUUCUAACGUCUUCCGUUGAAGACAAACCAGCAACAACAGCAGUUCAAAAUACUAUUACGGUAGAGCAAAAACCAACUACACUUCCAGAAACUAUGGUGGAGAACAAUGGUCCAUAUAGUGUGGAACAAAAUUGCCAAUAUGAAAUUUCGUAUGAAGUGAACGGAGAGCAUAUUAUUGUGGAGACUGGUGUCGAUGCAAAUGCCAAAUAUGAAUUUCAAGGUGAUAAAGAAGCUAACGAGGUACGUUACGAGUUGUGCUCCGAGGGACAGGAAUAUAUAAUUGAAAGCGCCGGGGAGAUAAAUGAGAAUGUGUAUAAUGAACAUGGUGAAAUUGCUUAUGAAAUAGAUGCCAACGAUCAUAUAGAAGAAGAUAUAGGCUGUCAAGAAGAAAAUAUAGCCUGCCAAGAGGAUAUUGAGCAAGAUGUAACAAGAAAGAAACGGCGCCGUCGCCGUCGCCGAAAACGUGGGCCAAACGGCGAAUUUGAGGAGGAAUUACAACCCAAAGAAAAGAAACCGCGCAUAAGAACCUGUAGAGCUAAUCCGGAAAAUCUAAAUCGCCAGCAAGAGGGUUUCUUCAGAAGAGUUUUUGUCAAAUUGAAAACCGAUAAUGAAGAACAAUUCCAAUUGCUAACACGAAUGAAAAGGACAACAUUCGAUAAACUGGUGAAAAUUAUGUUUAAAUCUCUUAAUCGGCUUAAGGUGAAUAUAUUCCCAGAGGAGAAACUAUCAUUCACACUGAUACAUUUGGCUCAUGGUACACCCAUGGACGUGAUUGCCAAACACUAUAAAUUGGGAAAGACAACAAUACGUUGUGCCAUUCUGGAAACAUGUGAGGUCAUCAAUGGGUUUUUGGGAUCAAUGUACCUGAAAGAACCAACCUCGGAAGAAUAUUUAAAAAUUGCUCAAGGUUUUAAUGCUCUUUGGAAACUGCCUAAUUGUGUUGGAGUAAUCGGAGGUAGACACAUUAACAUAAAGAAACCAAGAAGCACAAUAUUGGAGCAAUAUAAUCUAACGUCACUUAAUAGCCUGGUUAUAAUGGCAGCAUGUGAUGCCAAACAUGUAUUUCGUUCGGCCACAGUUACAGUGGAACCUCAUCAAUCAACAUUUACCAAGGGAAUAAUGAAUAACACAUUGCCCUUACCUCCAAAUGGCCCCCUGGACGAGAAUUCAUCCCAGGAUUUCCCCUACUAUUUUAUUGGCGAUUCAACAUUUUCAAUCAAAUCAAAUGUAAUGGUCCCUUUUGAUUCCACAACAUUAGAUGAUAAAGAGAUUUUCUUCAACUACAAGUUAUCACUUGGCCAUACAGUAAUGGAGAAUGCCUUUCACAUGCUAACAUCAAUGUGGAAAGUGCUGCUUACCACAUUCGAUAUAGCUCCCAUAAAUUGCGAAUCUAUUGUAUUGGCUAGCAUUGUUUUGUAUAAUUUUAUAAUGCAACAUGAAGAUAAUCGAUGGUAUAAUUCGGAUGGUACAAUUAAUCUUGAAAUGUCACACAACUAUGAUGAGAAUACAGCGUGGAUUAAUGCAGAAAAUGUACAAUUUCAUCCUACUAUGCAAGCUAUAUCGAAAUUUGGCAAUGAUUCUAUUAACAGUGCCCUCGAGUUAAGAUCCGCAUUAGCUGAUUAUUUCUAUCACGAUGGAUCGGCGGUUGAAACGUCGAAUGAAGUUUUUGAAAUAAGUAUGCCCAUCUACAUCUGCAGUAUCAGAUUUCUGACCUCAAGAUGGGUUAACAAUAUUCCUGAUUACAGUACAGGGUGAGAUAAAAAACUGCAACAAUGUCAAAUGCCAUAAUUUUUAAAUUUUUUAUAUUUUAUUGAAUAAAAGCAAAAAUA